AUGGCUACCCCUCAACUCUACGACUGGCUCGUCCAGACCCCAGCCAACUCCGAAGACCUCGAAAAUCGCAUCAAUACCCGCCCUGCCCAUCUCGAGCAUAAUAAGCCGCUCAUCGAGGCUGGAGUCCUUGUCUGGGGUGGUCCCGCGCUCGCGACACACCCACAGACCGCCGAAGACGAUCUCCUGAUUACUGGUAGUGUGAUGUGUAUUCGGGCUGAAAGUGAGGAUGCUGUGCGGACUAUCAUUCGCAAUGAUCCUUAUGCCAAGGUUGGAUUCUGGGAUGCAGAGGGUGCCGUGGUGACGCCUAUGCGAUGUGUUGUCCGAAGGCCACUGUGA